ACUUUUACCAAGUUUGUUAGCAGCCUGUUUUGUUUAUCGUACCUGCUGGUUGCGUUAUCUUGAAAAUAGGAAUCGAUGCGUCAUUGCUGUGCGUGCGUUCUUGUGGGCUGAUGAGAGCGUGUGUGUCCAAAAUUCCGCCGGAAUGCACUACUCAUAUUCAUCGCUGUCCACUAACGGUGGCGUUGAUCACCACAAUCGUUGCCUCGGCAAUCGAGCCUGGUGUGUUAAGGAUAUUUGCGGCAUUGUAUGCGUAGUUAUGACCUGGCUGCUUAUUCUCUUUGCGGAGUUUGUGGUCUGUGGACUGAUACUGUUGCCCAGCUACAACCAUUACACAGCAUUCAGUACGAUAAAUAUGAUUAUAUUCCAAGCACUUGCCUUUCUAGCAUUUGUCUCCCACUUGCGCACCAUGCUCUCGGAUCCGGGGGCUGUGCCGCGUGGAAAUGCCACCAAGGAGAUGAUCGAACAAAUGGGCUAUCGUGAGGGUCAAAUCUUCUACAAGUGCCCGAAAUGCUGCAGCAUUAAGCCAGAGCGUGCCCACCACUGUUCCGUGUGCCAGCGCUGCAUACGCAAAAUGGAUCACCAUUGUCCCUGGGUUAACAACUGUGUGGGCGAGAACAACCAAAAGUAUUUUGUGCUCUUUACGUUUUAUAUUGCAUCCAUUUCGGUGCACACCCUCUUUCUGGUGAUGACGCAGUUUGCCGAGUGCGUGCGGAAUGAUUGGCGAACAUGCUCAUCGUACUCACCACCGGCGACAAUAUUUCUGUUGCUCUUCCUCACAUUCGAGGGUCUGAUGUUUGGCAUAUUCACCAUAAUAAUGCUGGCAACGCAGCUAAAUGCCAUAUUUAACGAUCAAACGGGCAUCGAGCAACUGAAGAAGGAAGAGGCGCGUUGGGUAAAAAAGUCGCGACUCAAGAGCAUACAGUCGGUAUUUGGACGGUUCUCAUUGGCCUGGUUCUCGCCGUUUACGGAGCCCUCAUGUCGCACCAGAUUCAACUCACAUUUCUAUUCGGUCUAAGCAUCAAAAAAUAAUGGAUGUUACUUCUUUAGUUGAAACGAACAAACGAACCACUUGUUGAAUAUUGCAGUGCAAUAUUCAUAUUCAAUCAAAAAUCAAUCAGGAAUCGUAGGUGUAUGUGUCUGUGUGUAUAUUUACUUAAGCUUAACAAUAUUGGACAUGCGUUGCCUGCAACAUGCAAUAUAUACUUACUUAUUAUUAAUUAUUGUAUUUACCAGCGAGAAAGAUUUUUACAUUAUGUACAAGAUGAGAGAGAGAGAACAGAAGAGCAUUCUAUUUAUUCUAUAGAGAAAUAAACUCUGCAAUGAGAAAAACUAAAAACAAAUACAAAAAAAAAAACAUGCGCAAACUUUUUAGGUGGCCAAAAGAUGUGUGCCGCUCAUCUCCAAGGGUCUCUGGCUCUUACAAUAAUACAUAAUACAUAAACAUCGGAGAGAACGCAUCUCAAUUGAGAUGGUCGGCGAACAGUUCUCCCGACAUGUCGUUGUCGGCAUGGACUCUGCCGAUGCUGUCAGUACCCAUGUUUAGUUUAGUCUGAGUAAAACGAUCGGAGAUCCAGGAGGUGUCUGCUGGACGUGGUGCGCGCGCCCUCAAACACAAAACGUCUUGUAUAUAGUAUUUAUAUAUAUAGAAACACUUUUGUUCACCAAAUGUGUCAAUUA